AUGGCGGCAUUCACCCGUCUAGAGAUGAUUGACCCCUCACUGAUCACGUACAGUACGGUAAUGUUCACCCGUCUAGAGAUGAUUGAUCCCUCACUGACCACGUACAGUACGGCAACGAUUACCCGUCUAGAGAUGAUUGAUCCCUCACUGACCACGUACAGUCCGGUAAUGUUCACCCGUCUAGAGAUGAUAGACCCCUCACUGACCACGUACACUCCGGUAAUGUUCACCCGUCUAGAGAUGAUAGACCCCUCACUGACCACGUACAGUACGGCAACGAUUACCCGUCUAGAGAUGAUUGAUCCCUCACUGACCACAUACAGUACGGCAACGAUUACCCGUCUAGAGAUGAUUGAUCCCUCACUGACCACGUACAGUCCGGUAAUGUUCACCCGUCUAGAGAUGAUAGACCCCUCACUGACCACGUACAGUAUGGCAACGAUUACCCGUCUAGAGAUGAUUGACCCCUCACUGAACACGUACAGUACGGCAACGAUUACCCGUCUAGAGAUGAUUGACCCCUCACUGACCACGUACAGUACGGUAACGAUUACCCGUCUAGAGAUGAUUGAUCCCUCACUGACCACGUACACUCCGGUAAUGUUCACCCGUCUAGAGAUGAUUGACCCCUCACUGAUCACGUACAGUAUGGCAACGAUUACCCGUCUAGAGAUGAUUGACCCCUCACUGACCACGUACAGUACGGCAACGAUUACCCGUCUAGAGAUGAUUGAUCCCUCACUGACCACGUACACUCCGGUAAUGUUCACCCGUCUAGAGAUGAUUGAUCCCUCACUGACCACGUACAGUACGGUAACGAUUACCCGUCUAGAGAUGAUUGACCCCUCACUGAUCACGUACAGUAUGGCAACGAUUACCCGUCUAGAGAUGAUUGACCCCUCACUGACCACGUACAGUACGGUAAUGUUCACCCGUCUAGAGAUGAUUGAUCCCUCACUGACCACGUACAGUACGGCAACGAUUACCCGUCUAGAGAUGAUUGAUCCCUCACUGAUCACGUACAGUACGGUAACGAUUACCCGUCUAGAGAUGAUUGAUCCCUCACUGACCACGUACACUCCGGUAAUGUUCACCCGUCUAGAGAUGAUUGACCCCUCACUGAUCACGUACAGUAUGGCAACGAUUACCCGUCUAGAGAUGAUUGACCCCUCACUGACCACGUACAGUACGGCAACGAUUACCCGUCUAGAGAUGAUUGAUCCCUCACUGACCACGUACACUUCGGUAAUGUUCACCCGUCUAGAGAUGAUAGACCCCUCACUGACCACGUACAGUACGGUAACGAUUACCCGUCUAGAGAUGAUUGACCCCUCACUGAUCACGUACAGUAUGGCAACGAUUACCCGUCUAGAGAUGAUUGACCCCUCACUGACCACGUACAGUACGGUAAUGUUCACCCGUCUAGAGAUGAUUGAUCCCUCACUGACCACGUACAGUACGGCAACGAUUACCCGUCUAGAGAUGAUUGAUCCCUCACUGACCACGUACACUCCGGUAAUGUUCACCCGUCUAGAGAUGAUAGACCCCUCACUGACCACGUACAGUACGGUAAUGUUCACCCAUCUAGAGAUGAUUGAUCCCUCACUGACCACGUACAGUACGGCAACGAUUACCCGUCUAGAGAUGAUUGAUCCCUCACUGACCACAUACAGUACGGCAACGAUUACCCGUCUAGAGAUGAUUGAUCCCUCACUGACCACGUACACUCCGGUAAUGUUCACCCGUCUAGAGAUGAUAGACCCCUCACUGACCACGUACAGUACGGCAACGAUUACCCGUCUAGAGAUGAUUGAUCCCUCACUGACCACAUACAGUACGGCAACGAUUACCCGUCUAGAGAUGAUUGAUCCCUCACUGACCACGUACAGUCCGGUAAUGUUCACCCGUCUAGAGAUGAUAGACCCCUCACUGACCACGUACAGUAUGGCAACGAUUACCCGUCUAGAGAUGAUUGACCCCUCACUGAACACGUACAGUACGGCAACGAUUACCCGUCUAGAGAUGAUUGACCCCUCACUGACCACGUACAGUACGGUAACGAUUACCCGUCUAGAGAUGAUUGAUCCCUCACUGACCACGUACACUCCGGUAAUGUUCACCCGUCUAGAGAUGAUUGACCCCUCACUGAUCACGUACAGUAUGGCAACGAUUACCCGUCUAGAGAUGAUUGACCCCUCACUGACCACGUACAGUACGGCAACGAUUACCCGUCUAGAGAUGAUUGAUCCCUCACUGACCACGUACACUCCGGUAAUGUUCACCCGUCUAGAGAUGAUUGAUCCCUCACUGACCACGUACAGUACGGUAACGAUUACCCGUCUAGAGAUGAUUGACCCCUCACUGAUCACGUACAGUAUGGCAACGAUUACCCGUCUAGAGAUGAUUGACCCCUCACUGACCACGUACAGUACGGUAAUGUUCACCCGUCUAGAGAUGAUUGAUCCCUCACUGACCACGUACAGUACGGCAACGAUUACCCGUCUAGAGAUGAUUGAUCCCUCACUGAUCACGUACAGUACGGUAACGAUUACCCGUCUAGAGAUGAUUGAUCCCUCACUGACCACGUACACUCCGGUAAUGUUCACCCGUCUAGAGAUGAUUGACCCCUCACUGAUCACGUACAGUAUGGCAACGAUUACCCGUCUAGAGAUGAUUGACCCCUCACUGACCACGUACAGUACGGCAACGAUUACCCGUCUAGAGAUGAUUGAUCCCUCACUGACCACGUACACUUCGGUAAUGUUCACCCGUCUAGAGAUGAUAGACCCCUCACUGACCACGUACAGUACGGUAACAAUUACCCGUCUAGAGAUGAUUGACCCCUCACUGAUCACGUACAGUAUGGCAACGAUUACCCGUCUAGAGAUGAUUGACCCCUCACUGACCACGUACAGUACGGUAAUGUUCACCCGUCUAGAGAUGAUUGAUCCCUCACUGACCACGUACAGUACGGCAACGAUUACCCGUCUAGAGAUGAUUGAUCCCUCACUGACCACGUACACUCCGGUAAUGUUCACCCGUCUAGAGAUGAUAGACCCCUCACUGACCACGUACAGUACGGUAAUGUUCACCCAUCUAGAGAUGAUUGAUCCCUCACUGACCACGUACAGUACGGCAACGAUUACCCGUCUAGAGAUGAUUGAUCCCUCACUGACCACAUACAGUACGGCAACGAUUACCCGUCUAGAGAUGAUUGAUCCCUCACUGACCACGUACAGUCCGGUAAUGUUCACCCGUCUAGAGAUGAUAGACCCCUCACUGACCACGUACACUCCGGUAAUGUUCACCCGUCUAGAGAUGAUAGACCCCUCACUGACCACGUACAGUACGGUAACGAUUACCCGUCUAGAGAUGAUUGACCCCUCACUGAUCACGUACAGUAUGGCAACGAUUACCCGUCUAGAGAUGAUUGACCCCUCACUGACCACGUACAGUACGGCAACGAUUACCCGUCUAGAGAUGAUUGAUCCCUCACUGACCACGUACACUCCGGUAAUGUUCACCCGUCUAGAGAUGAUAGACCCCUCACUGACCACGUACAGUACGGUAACGAUUACCCGUCUAGAGAUGAUUGACCCCUCACUGAUCACGUACAGUAUGGCAACGAUUACCCGUCUAGAGAUGAUUGACCCCUCACUGACCACGUACAGUACGGUAAUGUUCACCCGUCUAGAGAUGAUUGAUCCCUCACUGACCACGUACAGUACGGCAACGAUUACCCGUCUAGAGAUGAUUGAUCCCUCACUGACCACGUACACUCCGGUAAUGUUCACCCGUCUAGAGAUGAUAGACCCCUCACUGACCACGUACAGUACGGUAAUGUUCACCCGUCUAGAGAUUAUUGACCCCUCACUGAUCACGUACAGUACGGCAAUGUUCACCCGUCUAGAGAUGAUUGACCCCUCACUGACCACGUACAGUACGGUAAUGUUCACCCGUCUAGAGAUGAUUGACCCCUCACUGACCACGUACAGUACGGCAAUGUUCACCCGUCUAGAGAUGAUUGACCCCUCACUGACCACGUACAGUACGGUAAUGUUCACCCAUCUAGAGAUGAUUGAUCCCUCACUGACCACGUACAGUACGGUAAUGUUCACCCGUCUAGAGAUGAUUGACCCCUCACUGACCACGUACAGUACGGUAAUGUUCACCCGUCUAGAGAUGAUUGAUCCCUCACUGACCACGUACAGUCCGAUAAUGUUCACCCGUCUAGAGAUGAUAGACCCCUCACUGACCACGUACAGUACGGUAAUGUUCACCCGUCUAGAGAUUAUUGACCCCUCACUGAUCACGUACAGUACGGCAACGAUUACCCGUCUAGAGAUGAUUGAUCCCUCACUGACCACAUACAGUACGGCAACGAUUACCCGUCUAGAGAUGAUUGAUCCCUCACUGACCACGUACAGUCCGGUAAUGUUCACCCGUCUAGAGAUGAUAGACCCCUCACUGACCACGUACAGUAUGGCAACGAUUACCCGUCUAGAGAUGAUUGACCCCUCACUGAACACGUACAGUACGGCAACGAUUACCCGUCUAGAGAUGAUUGAUCCCUCACUGACCACGUACACUCCGGUAAUGUUCACCCGUCUAGAGAUGAUAGACCCCUCACUGACCACGUACAGUACGGUAACGAUUACCCGUCUAGAGAUGAUUGACCCCUCACUGAUCACGUACAGUAUGGCAACGAUUACCCGUCUAGAGAUGAUUGACCCCUCACUGACCACGUACAGUACGGCAACGAUUACCCGUCUAGAGAUGAUUGAUCCCUCACUGACCACGUACACUCCGGUAAUGUUCACCCGUCUAGAGAUGAUAGACCCCUCACUGACCACGUACAGUACGGUAACGAUUACCCGUCUAGAGAUGAUUGACCCCUCACUGAUCACGUACAGUAUGGCAACGAUUACCCGUCUAGAGAUGAUUGACCCCUCACUGACCACGUACAGUACGGUAAUGUUCACCCGUCUAGAGAUGAUUGACCCCUCACUGACCACGUACAGUACGGUAAUGUUCACCCGUCUAGAGAUGAUUGAUCCCUCACUGACCACGUACAGUACGGCAACGAUUACCCGUCUAGAGAUGAUUGAUCCCUCACUGACCACGUACACUCCGGUAAUGUUCACCCGUCUAGAGAUGAUAGACCCCUCACUGACCACGUACAGUACGGUAAUGUUCACUCGUCUAGAGAUGAUUGAUCCCUCACUGACCACGUACAGUACGGUAAUGUUCACUCGUCUAGAGAUGAUUGAUCCCUCACUGACCACGUACAGUACGGUAAUGUUCACCCGUCUAGAGAUGAUUGACCCCUCACUGACCACGUACACUACGGCAAUGUUCACCCGUCUAGAGAUGAUUGACCCCUCACUGACCACGUACAGUACGGUAAUGUUCACCCGUCUAGAGAUGAUUGAUCCCUCACUGACCACGUACAGUACGGUAAUGUUCACCCGUCUAGAGAUGAUUGAUCCCUCACUGACCACGUACAGUACGGUAAUGUUCACCCGUCUAGAGAUGAUUGACCCCUCACUGACCACGUACAGUACGGUAAUGUUCACCCGUCUAGAGAUGAUUGAUCCCUCACUGACCACGUACAGUACGGUAAUGUUCACCCGUCUAGAGAUGAUUGACCCCUCACUGACCACGUACAGUACGGUAAUGUUCACCCGUCUAGAGAUGAUUGAUCCCUCACUGACCACGUACAGUACGGUAAUGUUCACCCAUCUAGAGAUGAUUGAUCCCUCACUGACCACGUACAGUACGGUAAUGUUCACCCGUCUAGAGAUGAAUGACCCCUCACUGACCACGUACAGUACGGUAAUGUUCAGCCAUGUAGAGAUGAUUGAUCCUUCACUGACCACGUACAGUACGGUAAUGUUCACCCGUCUAGAGAUGAUUGAUCCCUCACUGACCACAUACAGUACGGUAAUGUUCACCCGUCUAGAGAUGAUUGACCCCUCACUGACCACGUACAGUACGGUAAUGUUCACCCGUCUAGAGAUGAUUGACCCCUCACUGACCACGUACAGUCCGAUAAUGUUCACCCGUCUAGAGAUGAUUGACCCGUCACUGACCACGUACAGUACGGUAACGAUUACCCGUCUAGAGAUGAUUGACCCCUCACUGACCACGUACAGUACGGUAAUGUUCACCCGUCUAGAGAUGAUUGACCCCUCACUGACCACGUACAGUACGGUAAUGUUCACCCGUCUAGAGAUGAUAGACCCCUCACUGACCACGUACAGUACGGUAAUGUUCACCCGUCUAGAGAUGAUUGACCACUCACUGACCACGUACAGUACGGUAAUGUUCACCCGUCUAGAGAUGAUUGACCCCUCACUGACCACAUACAGUAAGGUAAUGUUCACCCGUCUAGAGAUGAUUGAUCCCUCACUGACCACGUACAGUACGGUAAUGUUCACCCGUCUAGAGAUGAUUGACCCCUCACUGACCACGUACAGUACGGUAAUGUUCACCCGUCUAGAGAUGAUUGACCCCUCACUGACCACGUACAGUACGGUAAUGUUCACCCGUCUAGAGAUGAUUGACCCCUCACUGACCACGUACAGUACGGUAAUGUUCACCCGUCUAGAGAUGAUUGACCCCUCACUGACCACGUACAGUACGGUAAUGUUCACCCGUCUAGAGAUGAUUGACCCCUCACUGACCACGUACAGUACGGUAAUGUUCACCCGUCUAGAGAUGAUUGACCCCUCACUGACCACGUACAGUACGGUAAUGUUCAGCCAUGUAGAGAUGAUUGACCCCUCACUGACCACGUACAGUACGGUAAUGUUCACCCGUCUAGAGAUGAUUGACCCCUCACUGACCACGUACAGUACGGUAAUGUUCACCCGUCUAGAGAUGAUUGACCCCUCACUGACCACGUACAGUCCGAUAAUGUUCACCCGUCUAGAGAUGAUUGACCCCUCACUGACCACGUACACUCCGGUAAUGUUCACCCGUCUAGAGAUGAUUGACCCCUCACUGACCACGUACAGUACGGUAAUGUUCAGCCAUGUAGAGAUGAUUGACCCCUCACUGACCACGUACAGUACGGUAAUGUUCACCCGUCUAGAGAUGAUUGAUCCCUCACUGACCACGUACAGUACGGUAAUGUUCACCCGUCUAGAGAUGAUUGACCCCUCACUGACCACGUACAGUACGGUAAUGUUCAGCCAUGUAGAGAUGAUUGACCCCUCACUGACCACGUACAGUACGGUAAUGUUCACCCGUCUAGAGAUGAUUGACCCCUCACUGACCACGUACAGUACGGUAAUGUUCACCCGUCUAGAGAUGAUUGACCCCUCACUGACCACGUACAGUACGGUAAUGUUCACCCGUCUAGAGAUGAUUGAUCCCUCACUGACCACGUACAGUACGGUAAUGUUCACCCGUCUAGAGAUGAUUGAUCCCUCACUGACCACGUACAGUACGGCAACGAUUACCCGUCUAGAGAUGAUUGACCCCUCACUGAUCACGUACAGUACGGUAAUGUUCACCCGUCUAGAGAUGAUUGACCCCUCACUGACCACGUACAGUACGGUAAUGUUCACCCGUCUAGAGAUGAUAGACCCCUCACUGACCACGUACAGUACGGUAAUGUUCACCCGUCUAGAGAUGAUUGACCCCUCACUGACCACGUACAGUACGGUAAUGUUCACCCGUCUAGAGAUGAUUGAUCCCUCACUGACCACGUACAGUACGGUAAUGUUCACCCGUCUAGAGAACUCCCAGCAUGCCUAG